UUUUAUCCUGUUCUAGGAAUUUGACAUUUUUAUUUAUUAAUUUCAGAUUUAACAUGAAUGGAAUACUGAGAACAAGUUGUUUACUACAGGUUAAAAAACCGUAUUCUUUAACCUCUGUAAGAAGUAUAGUUAGAGACCUAACAGAACAAGAAACCCCCUCACUGGGCAGCCCUUCAGAGACCAAUCUAAAUAGAAUUGAGUUUCCACCCUUCAUAAAGGAUAUUUUUAUCGGCACCUUCAAUAAAUCCAUCCUGUCAUACGCUGAGGUCUUAAAUUAUGAAAGAUAUUUUGUUCUCAACGAGCAGGUUCGCCAACUCUCAGCUUUCCUGGCUGAGAAUAAAGAAAUCUUGUCUUGUAUAAACCAGCGUGGUUCUGUACCUGAUGAGAUAUUGAUGAAGAUGAAGAGUUUGGAUUUGCAUGGACUCAUGGUGCCUGCAGAGUACGGAGGGGCUGAACUCAUGAACACGGAGGUUCUCCGACUCUUCCAGGAGCUUGGAGUAGACCUUUCUCUCUCCGAACUGUUCAAUAUUAAUGAAAUUAUUUGUACGAAAGCAAUUGUUAACCACGGAUCCCAAGAUCAGAAAACUAAAUAUUUACCAAAGAUUUCCUCCGGCGAACUAUGGACCGGGUUCUGUUUUACGGAGAAGGGAGCAGGGUCGGAUCCGAACUCGGUUCAGGCUAAAGUCAAGUUCGACGAUUCCUUGGAUAUGUAUCGUCUGACUGGAACUAAAACCUGGGUUUCCAACGCUAUCCGCUCCAACCUGUUCCUGGUGUUUGCGAACCUGAAGGCUAAGAACUACUUGGGGGAGGAGGAGGAGAGCCUGACAGCGUUCCUGGUUGAGAAGGAUACUCCUGGGGUUGAGAUAUCCAUACCAAACCAGAUCGCUGGAUUCAACGGAUUGCAAGUCUGUGACGUAAACUUCAACUGUUUGAUACCAAAGUCUGCUAUAUUAGGGGAACCUGGAGCAGGGUUGGAGAUCCUAAAAAAGAUAAAUCAUGAAAAUAAAUAUUUCAUGACGGCUGGUAUCAUUACAAGGUUAAAAUCUCUGCUCAAGGAUACAGUUCAUCAUGCACUAGCCAGGAAACAGUUCGGCAACAAAUUGUCUGAGUUUGAGUUAAUCCGGAUACAGAUUGCUAAAUGUACAACAAAAAUCUACGCCCUGGAGAGUAUGCUCUACAUUACUUCCGGUCUGGCUGACGUUGGGAAAGAGCCUGAUAUCGAAGUCGAGUCUGCCAUUGUUAAACAGUAUGCCGUAGAAACAUUUGACUAUGUAACCCGUCACUGUCUAGCUAUACUCGGAGCUCAGACAAACCUCAAGGAAUCUAAAUACCAGGAGUUUAUUGCAGAGAACCAGGUUCUUCAAUCCUGGCAGGGUUCAAACAAUAUUAUUAAAUGUUUUAUUGCAAUCUCCGGAAUAUUGCAUUUAAUCAAAAACAAGGGUGAAUAUCUGAAACAAUGCAAUAGACCCGGGGUUCAUCCCAUCAAAUCCUUCAAGUAUAAAGUUAGAGCUGCUCGCCAUAAGGUUGAUUAUUCUCCGAAAACCUUUAUGUUGGAGCACUAUGUCCAUCCUAGAAUGGCUCGGGCAGCCCCGCAGGUCGAAUGGGCGGCACAUAAGCUGGCAAUCUGCGCGGAGAACGUUCUUCUCGACGAAGGUCUAAAUAUUCAGCUGAGGGAGUCGAAAUUAGAGAGAAUUAGCGACAUCGCCAUGGAGACCUACGCCAUGGUGUGCGUGCUAUCACGAGCAUCGCGCUCAUACGUUGUUGGACACGCACAUGCGCAGCACGAGGUAAGCCUCGCGAUCCCGUUUAUUUUUGAAUCCCGGCAAAGGGUUGAGGAGAAGGUGAAGCAGAUCUUGUACCAGACUGAGCUGCAGGGGGAGAGGGAUCUGUUCUACGAGGAUGCUGGAGCAUACGUUCUUGAACACGGUGGAUACUGUGCUGUUAAUCCUUUAGUUAAGAAUUCUGUAUAAAUUUAGUUUUAUUCAUUCUGAGAAGAAAUCAUGUUUUUUUUACUUGUUCCAGA